AUGGCAAUACAAGCAUGGGCACUAUCUCAUAUUAUGUGAAUGUUGGAAACACUUAGUGUGCAUGAGAGUGAGAAUGAAUGAAAAUGUGCUGUAGUUAGUGUACAGGGCAGCGGUUACAGCUGUGUGUCUCAGAUUUCCUCUGUAUUUUAUGUGUGUGUUGUGUCUUGAAUCGUUGAUACUAACCGCACAUGACAUGACCUGAGACACACACAUGUACAGCACACAUGCAGCCAUCCUUGAGCCCCGUAGCUUUUGUCUGCUCAUUAAAAAUCACUCGUGCACAGCCUUCUGCUCUGGAUCUGCAUGCUUAGAACAUGCUGCUUUGCUUUUAGUGUCUCUUUUGGUGCUGUUGUCUGUCUGGUUUGUUUUGGGUCUCUUUUUGGUCAAAGCAAAUGUAAAUGUGCAUUUGCAUGUGGGCUACUAUUUGCAUUCUUUUUUUUAUGCAUGGCAAUGCCUGAAGUUGGGAUGUAAGCAUUUUUUUUUUUUUAUAACAGCUUGCAUGAAAUGUGCACAUUUACUGUGAGAUAAAAAGGAUUUUAUCUGAAAUUUUUUUUUUUUUUUUAACAUUUUGCAUCUAUUCAUUAUUUACUAUAUUGGAACACAUGACGAAUGCAGAGAAAAAACUGCACUAAUUCACGUACACCCUUUACCUUUUGUGAACUUAGCCUUUUCUUGGGUUCCACCCUCACCUUGAGUGUCUGCCCAGCAAAAACAAACAUAUUCAUUUAUGGUUUUUUUAAGCAAAAAAUAAAAAAGCACAUUCUUGUUUUUCUGGAGAGUAUUUCAAUACAUGAAAACUACUUUGAUUAUUUAAAAUACAUUUUAACAUCAAAUACACCACAAUAAAAACAAAUUCUUCUUAGGUCUGUGUAAUUCAAUGUUAUUUAUUUGCUUUAGUUAAUAUUUAUUCUUGAUAGAUAAAUAUAGGAUUUAACUGUCAAAAACCAUAAAAAUCUGGAACUUUAAUUGUAAAUGCAUUAAAGAAAAAUGAAAACUAGUUUGAAUGUUUUAGCUCUUUUAUUUCAUGAAAUUGGAUAGGGAUCAUUUUAUAGAUUCUUUCAGGAAGGUGUUGCCUGUUGCUGUUAUUUAAUUCUCUAUGUGUGACUGGGAUUCCAUGCUUUGUGUUGUUGUUGUUUUUUUUUAAAGCUGCCAUAUGAAUGAGUAGAUCAGCUGGUAAAAAGUGGGAGCAGAAUGCAUCCCCCUGUUUGCUAUCAUUUUUCUUUCUUUUUUUUAAGUUUAAAUCAUUGCUUUCACUUAACUGCAGUGUUCUGUCGGCCUUUGUGUGCACCUUUUCUUUUUUUCUUCUUCUUCUUUUCUGCUUAUAUUUUGGACAUGUUUCAAUUGUGUCCAAACCGGUCCUGCGUGUUCCUCCUCUCUGUUUUCUCUCUUGUCUCUGUGCUGACUGGCCCAGGUCUCCCCUUGCCCAUGGAUGCCGCUCCACCCACAACAGUCCAGUGCACUCAGCCUGCAGCUCCCAGAGACUGUCCCAGAACUUCUCUGUCUCUGUUCCUACACUCAUCUUCACUGGCCGGUAUUUGGUGAGGAUCUGCCCUCUUCCUCUGGCCCAUCUACCCCUUUCAGAGCCCUUCCCACCUCCUCUUCCUCUCCUCCCCCUUUCUCUCCCUCCAAGCCAUGCAGCCGCCAGUCCUCAUCAUCAGACACAGACCUCAGUUUGACGCCUAAGACGGAGAUGACCCAGUCACCAAGACUCAGGCCUGGGAUCUUCCUCUGCCCCAGCUCCCCCAUCCUCUCUACAGACACUCUGUCCCUCCCUGGUUCUGGCACAUUGGGCUAUGGUCAUUACUCUGGCCUCAGAGCAACCACCCCGCCCCCUCUCGCUUCUACCCACUCAGACUCUGCCUUGCUGAGAAAGAGUGUGUCCUUCACUGAGGACCUGCUCCUGGCAGCAUCCGGGAUGGGCAGCGGCAGCAUGGGGAAGGACGCAGGACCCCUGAAGACCCUACUCAGACAGCAGACGCAGACAGCUCUGGAGCAGAGGGGAGCGUCUUCCUCAGGGUUAUUGUUAAACGCCAGGGAGUUCCCCUUCUUCACCCUGACAUCUUUCCCCUCUGGUUUUCUGCUUCAUGUCGGCGGAGUGGUCAGCGCCCGCUCUGUUAAACUACUGGACCGCAUUCAUAACCCCGCCUUGGGUAACACGCGCUCAUACAAACUGCUAGACUGGAAUAGUGUCACUGCAGAUGAGCCAGAGACACGUGAUGCAUGGUGGGAGGAAAUUCGCCAGGAGAUCAAAUCUCAUGCCAAAGCCCUUGGCUGCCAUGCUGUUGUAGGAUACAGUGAAAGCACGAGCAUAUGUGAAGAAGUGUGCAUUUUAUCGGCCUCUGGCACAGCAGCCAUCUUGAAUCCUCGGUACAUGCGGGAGGGCUGCCUUGACCUUGGAGGCAGCGACCAGAGGUUUGAGGAUCCAUCUCCUUCCAGCUGUGGCUUCUGUCACAUCCCAUACGAUGAGCUCAACAUGCCAUUUCCUGCCCAGCUCACGUACUGCUUCCAUUGCAGAAGGCAAAAGGUUCCUGAUGUGCUGUUUACAACAAUUGACCUGCCAUCAGAUGCAGCUAUUGCAGGAAAAGGCUGCUUUAUUCAAGCCCGGCUGUGUCGCUUGAAGAAGAAAGGUCAGGGAGAAGCAAAUGCAACAGCCAUCUCCAACCAGCUGCCUUUCAUGGAAUAUGAACUACACACUCAGCUGAUGAACAAACUCAAGCUGCGGAGCAUGAACGCUCUGUUCGGUCUGAGCAUUCAGAUCAGCGUCGGCGAGAACAUGCUCCUGGGUUUAGCUUCUGCUACAGGAGUUUACCUGACAGCUUUGCCUGCACCAGGAGGCAUCCAGAUCGCCGGGAAAACCCCAGGCGACCUGAACACCGAGCAGCAUAUUUUAAAUAUCCAGAAAAGGAUCAAUGACACCAUUGCCAAGAACAAAGAGUUCUAUGAAGUGAACCCCCCAAAGUUAUUUGCCCUGGACCCUGAGGUGUUCUGCGGCACAAAUGUGGAUCUAACUGAGGAGGUGGUAGGUUCUCCGAUUCCUGAGCCGAGGCUUCGAUCCAGACUAUUCCGCUCCCACUCAGAAAGCUCUGAUGAACUCUCGGAACUAGAUCUGUCCCAUGGCAAAAAGGAUGCCUUUGUCCUGGAGGUUGAUGAUACUGAUGCUGUUGAAGACAUCCAGUCCCUCCUUACUGAUGCUUCUCCCCCUAAAGGAUUUUACAGUUGCAAUACUGAGACCAUGCCUGGGAUUUAUAAUUGGACUUCGGCGUUACAGAUGUUUACAUCGGUGAGGGUCCUUAGGUUGAGCAAUGCCAAUCUAUCUAACCAAGCCUUAAACAAGGUCUUCACUGACCUUUGUGAGAAUCUGCUAAAGAGUUUCUACUUUAAGCUGCGCUCCAUGAUUCCCUGCUGUCUUUCUCAUCUCGUCUUCUCCGUCGCUGUGCCAGAAGAAGAUCUCAUCCAGGUUGCUGUUACAGCAGUUGCCAUGACAUUUGACAAGGAUCAGACGCAGGACAAGCCGGCUGAGAAGCCCAUCACCAAAGGUUGCAGUGAGGCUGAAGACCAGCUGCAGUUUUCCCUGGAGCUGUGUACAGAUUCGUCAUCCAUCAACUCUCAGUCUUCCUCAAAAAACUCAGGUGUUCCAGAAAGUUCUCAUUUGUCUACCAGAGCUGCCUCCGUUGAUUACGGUUCCUUUGCAGACAGAUGCAGCACCUGGCUAGAGCUGCUUAGGCUGAAAGCUCACACCAUAAGACGAGGAUCAGUUAAGACAAGUAGGAGGACACAGUCUCUAGCACACUCUGUCUCAUCCUUGGAGCACUCCAGUCCACUCACUGACGGGCGUUCGCGUUCGCUUCGCUCCAGCCGCUCGUUUGGUGGCAGCUCCGUGUCGGUGGUGAAGAUGACACCGCUCUCCUUUCUACCCGGCACGCGGAUCGUCAAAUACGUCGGGAUUAUCAACAUGUUUUUUAUCCGAGAGACCACAUCUUUGCGAGAGGAGGGCGGAGUCAGUGGUUUCCUCCAUUCAUUUGUGGCAGAAGUGUUUGCGAUGGUUCGAGCUCACGUCGCGGCUCUGGGUGGGAACGCUGUGGUCUCCUACAGCAUGAAAGACUGUGUUUUAAUGGAGAAUCCAAACAAGAACCAGUGUCAGUGUCUCAUAAAUGUGAGUGGGGAUGCAGUGAUCUACAUCAGGGAAACGGACCAGGAAGUCACCGGUUCUACAGCAAAUAUUAGACUGAGUUGUACUAGCUCAGCUGAUGGAGCCACAUGACAGUGAAACGGUGGAGAAACUCUCGAGCCAACCCUUCCAAAUCAAAGUCAUUUUUUGCCUUAAAAUGCAAAAGAGUGUCUCCAAAGCUUUAGAAACCUUGUGAUGACUGAUGCAAACUCAUGCAGACUGAAUUCUCAUUAAGGAGCGGCACGCCUCUGUUUUUGAAGACUCUGGGAGCCUCUUAAACCCUUUUGGUUUAAACCAGCCAAAGAACCACUGCUAAUGUGAAGUUAUUGUUGUUUUAUUGAACUACUCUCUUCCAAACAGAAUGGAUCUCCUACUGUUCAAAUAUUGGCUAUCUUUUUUAUGUGUGGACUGGGAUCACCCCAGACAGCAGUUUGUCCAUUUACACAUAAGAUUAGAUUUAAUGCCACAUGUAAAGGGACAGCCAAGUAAUCAAAUUACAUCUGCCAAGACAAGUAUUUAUUUUUAUAUAGUGUUGCUUAAGAAGAAUUCCUCCUUAAAUUGUCACUUGAUCAAAUGAUUCCAUUCAUCUCUAUGACACUUGGUCCAAUUUGUUGUUUAAAGUGAUGGUGUCCUGUUUUUUUUUUUUUUUUUUUAGCUGAAACUUGAUGGAUUUUAUUGGGAAAUGAGCUUCCUUAUUAUUGGCACAGUAUUUCUCAUCGUCUAGUGAUGGUGUUGCAGAUUCAUACUUUUUUUUAACUUUGGCAACUUUAAAAUAAAAAGACAGACUGCAGCCAUGAACAUAAAUUGUAACAAAAUAUGAUUUUUCUUUUCCAUUUCAAAAGUAUGUUGACAUGUAACUUUGUUACUAAAAAAAUAACUAUUUUGCCCUCAUGCUAAAAUAAAAAACUAGUUGCAUAAUCACUGUUUCAUAUAAAUUCAGAUUAUUUAAUAUAGUGAGUGGUUGGGUAGAAUUUCAAAUAGGGGUUUGUUUUAUUGGAGAAACCAGUCCAAUUUCAUGGAUGAAGAUUGGGAUGUUAUUUAAACUGUUAAGUUUGGAGUUUGGUACUAAAACAGCUUUUUGCUUGCUCUGCAUUUCCCAAAUGAUCCUUCCUCCAAACCUCAAUGCUGUUGCUUUGGUACUUGUGUUCAUCUUAAGAGUCUUGCUGCUGUUGUCUUCAUCUCCAAUGUCCUGCACUGUAACAAAGAUCUUUUUUGUGUGUCUGUGCCAUCUAAAAUAGGGUGUAAAUGUUCUCCAAGACCAGAUUUGAGUAUUUUUGUAGCAUACUGUUACAGAAUCCUACUGCUUGUUUAGCCUGUACAUAAAAAUUCUAAAUAAAUGGGAUUUAAUUCAGUGUCUAAUUUAGUGGUACUUUUUCUGUUUAUGUGAUCAUCUAAAAUUGCUUUGCUAUGCUGGUAUCUAAAACUUGAAUGUAAAUAUUUGCAUUAUUUUUUUUUCGAUAGCAGCACGCUACUUCUUACUGCCAUUACUGUAUGCUUGCCUAAAUAAUUGCACAAUAAACCCAAUUUAAACCAAGUGCA